AUGGCUGCCACACUGGAACCCAGUGAGCCUGGGAAGGGGAAGCCUGUUAAACUCCUAGGAAUUUUAGAUGUGGAAAACAUUCCCUGUGCAUGGGACUCAGUAUUAUAUGGCUCACUGGGAUCUGCUGUGGCUGGCCUCGGACAUUUUUUGUUUACUAGUAGAAUCAGAAGAUCAUGCGAUGUUGAAGUAGGAGGAUUUAUCUUGGUGACUUUGGGAUGCUGGUUCCAUUGCAGGUAUAAUUAUGCAAAACAAAGAAUCCAGGAAAGGAUUGCCAGAGAAGGAAUUAAAAACAAGAUUUUAUAUGAAAGUACCCACUUUGAUCGUGAAAGAAAACAAACCAACAGCAGUGGCAGCAAUUAA